CCAUAGACUAAACUGCAGUCUCGCUAUAACAUAUGCUCAUUGAUUGAUGAAUGUUUAUUAUGAACUUAGGGGGUUAAUUAACGGACACAUUCAAUGCCAAUGUCGAUGCGUAAAGUAACGUUAGCCAGUUACCAUACAAACUAUGGAAGUAAAAUAAAAGGAGCUUAGUGGGUUAAUUAAGCUCAUUCAAAUCAAGAAUUAAUAACAACAACAUGACGAGGAUAACGACGACUUCGCUAUCCAUCCUAAUCGUAUUAACAUCGGCGAUCUUGCAUCUCCGGCAAGCAUCGUGUUUCGACAACACCAAGCUAGGAGGCUUAAUAGAAGACAUAGUGGCGGAGGUUGACGAAAUAGCCGCCCGGUACCAAGCUCCGCCCUCCGUACGACCACCGCCCAAGGUCGGCGGAGUAUAUUACCCGAUCGGUUACGGGGCCGAUCCGACGGGCCACAACGACAGCUCCGAUGCGAUACAAAAGGCCCUCAACGACGCUUUCUCGCAACGUGGCGAAGAGAAGCGUUACUUGAUGAGUCCCAUGAAGGACUUGGGUGGCGCCGUCAUCGAUCUCCAGGGUGGAAGUUACUUGAUCUCCAAACCCAUUACUUUCCCGCCGACGGCCGGCAACAUCAUGAUGAAAGAGGGGAGUCUGAGAGCGAGCCAAGACUUUCCUCCGAACCGCUACCUAGUGGAGCUGAUGUCCCCGGAAUCCGAGAUCCUCAUCUACAAAACCGAGUCGGUCCACCGGCUCCACGGCCGGCGGAUUUACUACGAGGACGUCACCUUCCGUGACAUCCUCUUCGACUCCGCCCGACGCGGCGGCGGGCUCCUGGUCGUGAACUCCCUCCGCACCCGCAUCAUCAACUCCUACUUCCUCAACUUCACCACCCAGGGCAUCCUCGUCCAGGGCGGGCACGAGACGUACAUCUCCUCCUGCUUCCUCGGCCAGAAAUCCACGGUGGGCGACGACGAGCAUGAGGCGGAUUUCUUCGGCACGGCCAUCGACCUCGCCAGCAACGACAACUCCGUCACCGACACCGUCCUCUUCAGCUCCCAAACGGGGCUCCUUCUUCGAGGACAGGCCAACAUGGUCAGCGGCCUCCACGUGUACAACAAGGGCGUCAAGUACCGCGGCACGGGAAUCUACGUCAAAGAAAGCGCGGCGUUUAAUCGGAUCGACAAUAGUUACAUGGACUAUACCUCGAUCGUCAUCGAGGACCCGUAUUUUAUCCAUUUGACCAACUCGAUGUUCUUAGGGGACGGGAAUGUGGUGCUGAAGUCGGUUUACGGAAGGAUGGCGGGGUUGACGGUGAGGGACAAUUUUUUCCAUGGGUUUAAGCGUGCGAUUGUGGAGGUGGAGGGAGAGUUCAAGGUGGUGGAUCAGGUGGUGGUGGAUGGGAAUCAGGCGAAUAAGGCGAUGCCGGUGAGGUCGACGGUCGGGAGGCUGACGGUGGCGGGGAAUGGGACCAAGUGGGUGGCGGAUUUCAAUGAUCAGUUGGUGUUUCCGGACAAGAUUGAUCACUUUCACUACUCCUUUUAUGUGAAGGGAAGGGGAAGGGGAGGGAGGUUGCCGGUUCAUGCGGCGACGAAUGUGUCGGGGAAUGUGGUGGUGGUGGAGAGCGACGAGGCGGUGGACGCGGUGUUGUCGGUGGUGGUUGAUCAGUUUAAGAAGGUAAGAGAAGCCACGUAUUAAUUAAAAAAAAAAUGUGGCUUCGUUUUGCUUCUUCGAUCGAUUAGCUUUUUUUCCCUCUCGAAUUCACCUGUCGUCACAAUCACGUACGGUGGUUAAUCGCUAGAGAGAAAAAAAACUGAUAGAGAUGGGGUGACAAAAACUGUGGAACUAGCAAACUGUAGAAUGCUUGCUCACAUGCAAUGGGUGGAUGAAUUGUCUCAUUUCUAAAUCAAGAGAGUCGUUUUGAUGUAUUAUUUUGCACACCUAUUAUUUUAGAGUAAAAUUAUUCGUUAACU